GUUAAUCAGCAGUUCAGCACAUACACCCAGCGAUUAAUCAAGUGGUUAGUACUAGUAGUAUAAGAUUUGACUCGCGCCAACACAUGGCCGGUGGCCACGCCGCGCGCGCCCUUUAUAUCCCAGCUCCGAUCCAACCUCCUCGCUCGAUCCUCCUCCUGACCUCACCGUCGCCAACGAAUCUCGCUCGCCGCCGACCGACCGGCUUCGUUCGUGCACGCGCGGACAUUAAUUAGUACCUACCCUGGUGGCACCUCGAUCGAGGAAGGGAGCGCGGCCGCGCGCAUGGGCAACUCCAUCGGCGGGAGGCGGCGGCGGGCGCGGGUGAUGACGGUGGACGGCGCCACGUACAAGUACCGACCGCCGGCCGCGGCCGGGGACGCGCUGCGCGACCAUCCGGGCCACCGCCUGCUGGACGCGGAGGAGGUGCGCCGCUUCGGCGUGCGCGCGCGCCCGCUCGACCCGGACGCGCCGCUCAAGCCCGGCCGGCUCUACUUCCUCGUCGAGCUCCCGCGGCUGCGCCGCCGCCCGCCGCAGCGGUCGUGGUCGGGCGCGCUCAGCUACGGCGCCGGGGAGCGGCUCGAGAGCCUCAUGCUGGCGCGGCGGUCGGCGUCGGACGUGGCGGCGUCGGCGCUGCUGCUGGCGUCCGUGGAGGCUGCCGGGGACGGCGGCGCCGUGCGGCUCCGGGUGCGCCUCCCCAAGGCCGACGUCCAGCGCCUCGUCGAGGGCAGCCGCGACGCCGCCAAGGCCGCCGAGCGGAUCAUGCAGCUCUGCGUCGAGCGGGACCAGCAGCGCCUGCACCGCUCCGCCCCCGGCACGCCCCUCGCCGUGCCGGUGGCCGCCGCCGCCGCCAUGCCGGCGCCGGCGAUAAUCACGCGCAAGGACAGCAGCAAGCCCGUCGCCGCCGGCAAGAAAGAGAAACGGGCGAGGUUCAUGACGGUGCCGGACGAGAUCAUCAGCUUCUGAUCGACCGAUCGAUCGGAGGAGCUCGAACUGGAACCUGAUCAGGCUUCCGGUGAAAUUCAUCUGUGUCUAAGGCUCUAAAGCCCCAGGAUAGCCGGAGAAAGAAUCAGCAAUGCAAGGAUGGGAGAUAGCUGUGUGACAUUGCCGGCCGGGAACACGAGAAGCGCUAGCUGCAUGUGAAUGCCUUCCUGUCUCCGGUCCCUGGCACUUGUGUUCUGCAGUAGCCGUAGCAUUUUGGUGUGAAUGUGUGUGGGGUGAUGCAACUCAUGCAUGGUACAUAUUGUUGGACUGGUUGAUGAUUGAUGAAUGCCUAGUAGUGCGAUCGAAUCAAAACUUUUCCUCUC